UAAGAUGUUGUUGGCAGCUCUAGAGACAAAGAUCUUUAAAACAAGAAAACAUUUUACUCUCCUCUCUUUGUUCCUACUUUCACUCUUGACUCACACUGUCGUGGUUACCAUCUCAUGCUCGUUAACACCAAUGUCUGCGUUUGCUACAUCUUCGCAGCUCCAUGCUCAAAGGGACCACCCCAUUCUUCCCACCAUUUCCAGCCACUUCAAUCUCAAAACUCUCAACUUCCAGAUUCUCCAUCCCAGACUCAGAAGUAGUAAACAAUUUCGUGUCUCAAGUUCCAUCACCACCACCGCCACCGCCACCGCUUCCAUCAACAACCACAACCCAAACUCCUAUAUUUGUCAACUAUGCCUUCUUGGGAACUUGGACCGCGCUAUGAGCUACCUAGACUCCACACACGAGCUUCAAAUUCGUGUUGAAGAAGAUGCUUACGUUGCUUUGAUUCGUCUCUGUGAGUGGAAGAGAGCAAGGAAGGAAGGGUCUCGGGUUUACUCCUAUGUUUCUAAAUCCAUGGCCAUUUUGAGCCUUCAGCUGGGGAAUGCUCUUUUGAGCAUGUUUGUCAGGUUUGGGAACUUGGUGGAUGCUUGGUAUGUGUUUGGGAGAAUGGAAGAGAGGAACGUGUUUUCUUGGAAUGUUUUGGUUGGUGGGUAUGCUAAGGGUGGGUUCUUUGAUGAGGCAUUGAAUCUUUAUCAUAGAAUGUUGUGGGUUGGUGUGAGGCCUGAUGUUUACACUUUUCCUUGUGUUUUGAGGACUUGUGGUGGGAUUCCUGACUUGGUUAGGGGUAGGGAGAUUCAUGUGCAUGUUCUGAGAUAUGGGUUUGAGUCAGAAGUGGAUGUGGUUAAUGCAUUGAUAACUAUGUAUGUGAAAUGUGGGGAUAUUGAUAAUGCGAGGUUGGUGUUCGAUAAAAUGCCUGACCGAGACAGGAUUUCGUGGAACGCCAUGAUUUCUGGGUAUUUUGAGAAUGGAGAGUGUUUCGAGGGACUUAGACUGUUCUGCACGAUGCUUGAAAUUCCAGUUGAGCCAGAUUUGAUGACCUUGACUAGUGUGAUUAGUGCAUGCGAGCUUAUCAGUGAUGAGAGAUUGGGGAGGGAGAUUCAUGGUUAUGUUAUGAGAACAGAGUUCUGGAGAGACCCUUCGGUUUGUAAUUCGUUAGUUCAGAUGUACUCAUCUGUUGGACUUAUUGAGGAAGGUGAAAAAGUUUUUUCUCGAACGGAAGGUAGAGAUGUAGUUUCAUGGACUUCAAUGAUAUCAGGUUAUGAGAAUAAUUCAAUGCCUCAUAAAGCUCUUGAGACAUAUGAAAUGAUGGAAGAGGAAGGUAUCAUGCCAGAUGAAAUCACUAUAGCCAGUGUGCUAUCUGCUUGUUCUUGUUUAUGCCAUUUAGAUAUGGGGAUGAAACUUCAUGAAAUGGCCAAGCAGACAGGGUUCAUCUCUUAUACAAUAGUUGCAAACACACUCAUUGACAUGUAUGCCAAGUGUAAAUCCAUUGACAUGGCUUUAGAAGUUUUCCACUCUACUCGUGACAAGAAUAUAAUCUCCUGGACAUCUAUCAUCCUUGGUCUUCGGAUCAAUAACCGAUAUUUUGAAGCUUUAGUUUUCUUCAGAGAUAUGAUGCGUAGACUAAAGCCAAACUCUGUUACUUUAGUUUGUGUCCUAUCUGCAUGUGCUAGAAUUGGAGCUCUGGGAUGUGGUAAAGAGAUCCAUGCCUAUGCUUUGAGAACCGGAGUAAGUUUUUAUGGUUUUCUGCCGAAUGCAAUUUUGGACUUGUAUGUGAGGUGUGGAAGAAUGGAAUAUGGCUGGAAACAAUUUUUCUCAGGUGAUCAAGAUAUUUCUGCUUGGAACAUUUUGCUAACAGGAUACGCUGAGCGUGGGAAAGGAGCACUUGCUGCUGAGCUUUUUCAGAGAAUGGUAGAAUCAAACAUUGAACCUGAUGAAAUCACAUUCAUCUCCAUAUUAUGUGCUUGCAGCAGAUCUAGUAUGGUUGCAGAAGGCUUAGAAUAUUUUAACAGCAUGAAAUACGAGUACUCUAUCACACCUAAUCUGAAACACUACGCAUGUGUAGUCGAUUUACUUGGCCGUGCUGGGAAAUUAGAGGAUGCUUAUGAAUUCAUACAGAAAAUUCCAAUGAAACCAGACCCUGCAGUUUGGGGAGCCUUGUUAAAUGCGUGCCGGAUCCACCGUGAUGUCGAGCUAGGGGAACUUGCUGCAGAGAACAUCUUUCAAGAAGAUACAACCAGCGUUGGCUAUUACAUUCUUCUGUCUAAUCUAUAUGCUGAUAAUGGUAAAUGGGACAAAGUUGCAGAAGUAAGAAAAAUGAUGAGACAGAAUGGGCUAAUAGUAGAUCCUGGAUGCAGCUGGGUGGAAAUUAAGGGCACAGUGCAUGCUUUUCUCAGCGGUGAUAACUUCCAUCCUCAAAUCGAGGAAAUAAACGCGCUUUUGGAGCGGUUUUACGAGAAAAUGAAGGUAGCUGGUAUUGAAGGGCCAGAAAGUAGUCACAUGAACAUAAUGGAAGCUUCCAAGGCUGAUAUAUUUUGUGGACACAGUGAGAGACAGGCCAUUGCCUUUGGACUUCUUAAUUCUGCUCCUGGGAUGCCCAUUUGGGUGACCAAGAAUCUUUACAUGUGCCAAAGUUGUCACAACAUUGUCAAAUUUAUCUCGAAGGAGGUCCGCAGAGAGAUUUCUGUAAGAGACGCUGAACGGUUUCACCAUUUCAGGGGAGGUAUCUGCUCUUGCAUGGAUGAAAGAUACUAGUCAGAUUGAUUAUUAGCUGGUAUAAACUGUAAGAUAUGUAGCAUCAUAUUAAAAAGUUAUGAUCAUAGGGUACUUCAACUUUGAGAUCCUUCAGAGAAGCGAUUAAUGGAGCUGUGAAUCAUUAAUCAUGCAUUGUAUAACAUGAUAUAGAAAGAAAGAAAGAAGGUAGUUUUAUGUAUGCUGCACAUAGGUUAUUCUCAUUUGUAAACUUAAGACUGUAGUAUAGUAAUUUUCAACUACUUUUAUACAAA